GCGCAUCGGACUGGCAGGGAUGAUGAUCGAAGGGGAGGACUACGGCGAGGCAGAGCCCGGCAGUCCGGUUCGCGGGGUCGCGGUCGGGGAAGAGGAGGCCGGCGGCGGCGAGGCAAACGCACGGCCGCCCCGCCGCAGAGGGGUGAAGGUGAAGCGCGGGGCUACCCUGAGGAGGAAGCCCCGGCCUCCCCGCGACCAGAAGCAGCGGCCACCUUCUCCGGCCCGGAGCUCGGCGCCGGCAAAGGAGGAGUACAUCCACAGGGAGGAGGACGCCAUCAUCAGGAGCCGUCGGAUCUGGGAGCGGCGCUGGGCCAGCCGUUACGGUGCCUUCGACGACGAAACUAGCAUCGGUCCCAUGCGCUUCACAUCCAAACCGCCUACACCAGAAUACCUAUUCACAGAACAGACCGUGCAGAUCUUCUCCAUCAGGGUCAGGGCCCCAACAGAUGGUCUCAAGUGGCCGCUGCGUGUCUAUGGCCACAUUGCCACCAGAGACUCGAUGGAUCAGAAUCGCAACUAUCUCUUCAGGCGCACAAGAGAUAACUGCCAAACCCUCACACAAGACGAUACAUCCUUGCUGCUAACGGGCCCAUCCCGUGCAAUUGUGUACCUUGAUCCGAUUACAUUCGAAGUCCAGUUAAAUGUAAAGGGCAAAGGAGAGUCUGAAGACGAGAUGCUGGCUUUUGGUGCCUUCUACUACGAUGAUGGGUCUGCUUGUGAACGCAAGCUCUCUAUAUGUUAUGAUCACAAGCGCUGCAUACUUGAUUACGAAGUGGCGCUUCGGCCACGCUCGGUUGAGGCCACAAUCAGCUUGAAGGUCGUCGAGGGGUCAUGGCCGAAGAACCACCGAGGAAUAGUCGUCGCCUUCACCUCUGGUGUAGACGAGAAGAUCGCACUGCUUCGUUGUAUAGACAAAGAACUGCCUGUCGGUCCGGAUGGCGCGAUCGAGCUCUCGCGACGGGUUGUUUCCGUGGACUUAAGAGAGAAACUGCUGGUUGCUGUGGACACUUCUCUGUCCAGAUUUCUUGCGCGGGGUACAGCCGAGUUCAAGCCGGCGUGCUCUGGCAUGAGCCACGGCGUGUGCGACCUCGGUUCCUGCAAGGUUCAAGUCACCGUUGCUUGGUCCCUUUUCGUUAUUGUUGUGCCGUAGAUUGUGUGGGUAGUGUUUGGUGGUUGCUCGACCGCUGUUGAAACACUAGAUUGUGUGGGUAGUGUUUGGUGGUUGCUCGACCGUUGUCGAAGUGUUUUGAAGCUGUCCAGGUCUGUCUGUUUAGCUGUUUUCAGUGGUCGUGACUCGUGUCCCUACCUAAAGCCGUUGAACUGUUCCUGUAU